AUGGAGCAGAUAGAGCUGACCAAGGAGAACGUCCAGCCGCUGAAGUGCGGCCGCAAGAUCGAGAGUCUGCGGGCGGCGCUCAGCAUGGACCUGAAUGAGACGAGGCGACGUGACGAGACAAAGGCUGAAUUCGAAGCCAAACUGGCGAGCACCACCGACGACGACGAGAAGCUGGACGUCUACGUCAACUACGUCCGCUGGAUCGAGCAGAACUACCCCGAGGGCGAGAAGACGCUCAAGCCGACGCUGAAGGAGUGCAUUCUCUACUACAAGCAGAAGGCCGACCAGUACAAGGACCAGGACCGGCCGAAGCCCAGCUUCAAGGACAGCGAGAAGCUGCUCUCCAUCUUCCUCAAGUACAUCAGCUUCAGCGAGCACCCUCUGCAGCUGCAGCUGUUCAAGAUCUUCUGCAAGGAGGGCUUCUUCCGGCAGUUCGCCCAGUUCUACGUCACCUUCGCCUACUCGUACGAGAUGGCGGGUGAGACCCGCAAGGCGGUGGACGCCCUGAAGAAGGGCCUUCAAGAGCGGGCGGAGCCGCAGUCGGAGCUGACCUCCGCCCUGGCCGACCUGCAGGUGCGCACGGUGCGGCAGAUGGUCGCCCACCCGGAGGCAAUGCUGGAAUCGGCGAGCAAAACAUCGAACAACCACCGCAAGGCGCUCACCGGGCUGAAGGCCAAGGUGGACCGGCACGGCGUCGCCGAGGCGCCCGUCAGGCGGGUCGGCCACGCCGCUCUCGCCAGCAAUGGCGGCGGUCUGAGGGCCGCGGCCACAGUUCCCGGAAAUCCUCCUCUGUCUUCCGCCGCAAAAUCGAACGAGCAGCUGCGCAUUCUCAGCGACGAGAAUCUGAUCAUCGAGGCGCCCGUUCCGCCGGUGCCUCGAACGCCGCUGGCCACCAGCAGUAUCAGCAGCCGGAGCAGCUCUUCAUCUUUGGCAGCAGCUGAAGGAGUGGCAGUACCACCACCUUCGGUGCCCCUGGUGAAGGACAACAAGGAGAACGAACGAGAGCCGGGCAAGUGGAGCGAGAACAAGCUGAACAUCAAGGGCAUGCGAAAACGAGCGCCGCUAUCGUCUUCUUCUGCAGUGACGCCGGCGUUUGCGAUUCUCGAGGACAACAACACCGCCCCCGCCCCAGCCGAGCAGUUGUCCUCGGCGAGCAAAGUUUCUACCAGUCAACAGAAACCUCCCAUAGCUGCUGAGAAGCCCAUUGCCGUGGCGAAGUUCGAGGACGAGGAGGCGAUGAGCAA